UGGUUUUUCAUUUAGCCGUGGGCGAGCAAAGACAUCAAAUCGGAAAAUCUUGGAUAACGAAAAUUUAAAUAUUUUGUGUGUUACAAAUUUAUAAUAAAACAAAUGUAACGAAGCAAAGAGGAAAUUAAAUAAAUAAUAUUAGAAAUAAAAUAUUUUAAAUUUUUAAAGUUAAAAAAGAAAAAAUCUUGAAGUGUUUAAAGCUAUACCCACCGAAACAAAGCAUAAAAAAGUGUUUAAAAAAUAACGGAAAAGUUUUAAAAUUACCAAACACAAUGCUACCCUCGCCAUAUUACCUCAACUUAUCACCGCUAGCAGCAAGUGCGGCUCCUUUAUUACCGCGUCCGGAUUAUAUGGAUCCUAGCCUCGCACAUGGUCCACCCCUGCCAGCCAUGUUAACGGAUAAUAACACAUCGCCAUCGGUGUCACCAAGUCCCUAUUUCUAUUCGAACAUGCAUCCAUUAAUGACGAUGCAAAAUAGUAUGUGGUCAUAUCCGUGGUCAUUUCUGCAGAAUUCACAUCGUCCCGAAAAGCCGCCAUUCUCGUACAUAGCCCUCAUAGCUAUGGCCAUAAGCAGCGCGCCAAAUCAACGUUUGACUUUAAGUGGAAUAUACAAAUUUAUAAUGGACAAAUUUCCCUAUUACCGAGAGAAUAAACAAGGCUGGCAGAAUUCGAUUCGGCACAAUCUCUCACUAAACGAUUGCUUCGUUAAAGUAGCACGCGAUAAGAACACCAUCGAUGAUAACGAUAGCGCCGGUAAGGGGAGCUAUUGGAUGUUGGAUGCGUCGGCAAGUGAUAUGUUCGAACAGGGAAACUAUCGAAGACGGAGGACGAGAAGGCAAAGACAAUGUCUGAAAACGGGUACAUUGUUGGGCGAAAGCUUUAAGGCCUCCGAACAACAGGGCAGUUUAUGUGAUCAAUCGCCUGGCAAUAUGGAGUCCAUGUUCAGCAUGAAUUCGUCAACGUUAUGUUUGAACUACACAGAUCGUAUUACAGAAAUGCAUCGCCAAUAUUUGGCCUCCAUUGCACCAUUUAAUAUACUUUUCGGUAAUCCAUCAAUGGCCAACUCCUCUUCCUCAAAUAAUUCGCCAUCCCAGCAAAUGUCCGAGGAAUAUGCUAAUCCCAAUUUUGCCUCCACCUCACAAACGUGUCAAGUUCCUGCUGCACCGGCAUCUCAUACUGGUUCAUCAAAUUCCUUUGCCGAUGUGGAAUCAUUGGAUUUCUCCGGUGAUGCAUUGUCGAACAGCAGUUGCUCGAGUGACCGCAUGUUAACACAAUCGCCAAGUGCAUUUACUCCCACGUGUUCUCUGGUGAGAAUCAAAAAGGAAAAAUCUCCUGCACCUGAUCUACAAAGUGCGACCCACAAUAAGAGUCCAACUGCCUUUAGUAUUGAGAAUAUCAUAAGAAAAGACUGAAGAGUUAACAACAGUAGCGAUGGCAACUGAUGAUGAUGGCGGACAUGAAUUAGCCAUGCCCCAACGUGUGUAUAUAUUUACAAUGUGUGAUACUAAGACAAUAUUUACCAAAUAGAAUGUAACGAAUGUUAUUAUUUUUGAAGAGGAAUAAUUUGUGUAAAUUUAAUUUUAGAAUAAAAUAAUCAAAGCCGAUUGUUAUUUAUAAUUA